UCGAUGCCCGAUGGGCAUCUGCAAUGCCCCCGCAACUUUCCAGCGAGCCAUGAACAUGGCCUUUCAGAACUUUGUGCGGAAGACUCGUCUGGCACAGAGUAUCGUCAACUACUGCGUGAUUGUGUACAUGGACGAUAUCUUGGUGUAUUCGAGUUCCUACGAAGGGCACGUGCAACACAUCGAAUGGGCGUUGCAUGCAUUACGGGAUGCUGGUUUCAAGGUCGCGUUCGAGAAGUGCCAGUUUUUUCUUACCACCGUUUCCUUCCUUGGACACGUGGUAACAGACCAGGGACUUAGACCGGAGCCGCAGAAGGUGGCAACUGUCAGAGAUGCGCUGGUGCCUACGACUAUUACGCAGGUUUGCGCCUUUCUGGGCCUAGCCUCGUACUAUCGAAGGUUUAUCAAGGGCUUCGCGGCGAUUGCGGGACCUCUCACGAAUCUGCUGCGAAAGGACAAGUCGUUGAUCUGGACACCAGAGUGUGAUCGAGCGUUUUCGGAACUCAAGGCCGCCCUUAUUUCGGCCCCGGUCCUUAUAAGGUCGGAUCCCGAAAAGCCUUUUGUCCUCAUUACUGACUGGCAACCAGAGGCAAUUUCGGCGAUCUUGGCCCAGGUGGGACCAAGCGGACUUGAGAACGUGGUAGAGUAUGCGUCCAAAUUAGUGCCCGCCUGCAAGCGUAACUACGCCGUUCCAACAGGAAAAUGCUACGAGGCUCUGUGGGGAAUCGGUCACUUUCGAGCUUACUUGUACGGGCGAAAGUUCACAUUGGUGAUCGAUCAUGAGCCUCUGCUAGCCCUGAAGAAAUCUAAGGAUUACUCGGGCAUGAUCGGGCGAUGGGCAACGGUGCUGCAGAGCAUGGACUUUGACAUCCGUCACCGGAAACACGAAAGGCACGGGAAUGUGGACGGCUUGACACGACUACACCGACCUGAGAAGGUUCCGAAGAAUGAGGAGGUGAUUCAGUGGAACGAACCGAAAAAGGAGAACGGACCUCGGUACGGCCAAAGGGAGAUCCUGUCAAAGGACCACGUGGCCACAUCUCGGAAAUUCGGCAAGUUCGUCAUCCACGACUCAAUACGGAUCCGUCUGGCUCAGUUCUUCUGCGACGUGGGUGUAUGUGCAACCGCUGCGUUUCGAUUCGAAGGGAGUCCGCAGGCAAUAGUAUUGACGGAGGUGGUAGCAGUACAUCGUCGAGCGGCUCCCGGAACGAGCCACGUCACCACGGUCGCGGCUUUCAGCGGCGACAUCAGUACGGUGACGUGGACGCGGAGCAGCGAACAUCCCGCGUGGCUCGAAAAUCUGGAAUUGCUCAUCAUACAAGCUUGGAGGACUAACGUGGAGGGUGAUCUCCUCGGAUUUCUCUUCGGAUCGGUGCGGCCGGGACAUCACCAGCUAAUCGCUCAAGAACUCAUCGCGCCGAUCGUGCAACUGGCAGACGGCCUCUCUCCUGACAUCGUCUCGCAAAGCGACGACAACCCCGCUCCGCACGUACUCCCACGAACGUUGGAUCCGUAUCUUCAGUGGAGUGCAUGCUUGGAAGAGCCUGGGGACGAAGACUCUCUACCGUCGCAGCAGGUGUAUCUGAAGCCAUACGGCAUCAUCAACCACGCUUUCUAUCCGAAGGCGGAGGAGGUGGUGAUAGAAGAAGAGGAAAGUGACAACGAUGAGGAAACAUCGGAAGAAGGAAGCUAUAGCGAGUAUAGCGAGGGCGAACAGAGCGAAGAAGAAGAAGAAGAGGAAGAAGAAACCGGCUCUGAGUGGGAAGCCUUGCCGGAGGAAGCGACGCGUAUUGGCACGGAGGCGGAAGAUCCGGGGGCAGCACGCAAGCGAGAAGAAAUUGCCACCGGGAAACGCCAGCUGGAGUUCACUAGUGGAGCAAGCCUGCGCAUCGGUGACGAUCCGACCAGGGAUCCGGAGCCGCCGAAGCCGGAAGAUGGCAACCCGGCAGCCGCCACCCCAAGCACCUCACGGCGGAGACGAAGCCGAUCCUCCUCCCCCUCCAGCCCCACCCGUCCCCCAGUUCGUCCACGUACCGAUGCGGGGGAUAGGCCUUCGACCUCGGACAUUAUCCCGCCGUCCCCUUGAUUACCUCACCCUGGAGCAGAUCCAUACCCCCGUCACAUUCCCCCGUCACCCCUUCCAUCCCCAUCUCUUUCGUGAUUUCUACUCUACGCGCCUAAUCGCUAC